AUGCUCAGAUUGGUGUCAAAUGGACCGUUCCUGCGGCACUAUUGUCGUGGUUUUUCCACUACCGCUUUAGCGGCGAUAAAGUCGCAACAACCGUCCAAAACCACCACAGCCUCCCCCAUAGGUAUAGACCGCCGCGCGCAGCAGCCCCUUGACAUCCCCGUUUCCGGCUUCAACAGUGAAGUUAUUCGCCAGAUUUUUGAUGAUGAGAACUUCUGGCAGCAGUUUAACGGGGCUUCGGCAAAAUCUACCUCUUUUUUCAAUUAUAGAACAGCAUCUGUGGGGCUGUUUCAAAACCCGUACCUGGUGAAGCCCAGUGGGCUCAAGGACUUCUGUGCGGAAUCAUUGGAUAAGGCGAAAGCGCUGGUCCAGCACAUUCUAGCAGACGAAUCGCCUGCAGGAUAUCGCACUUAUAUCAGAAAUUUGGACCGACUCAGUGACAUUCUAUGUCGAGUGAUUGAUCUUGCGGAGUUCGUGAGAGUGGCCCAUCCCAACAGGGGUUUUGUGAAUGCGGCGCAGGAGUGCCACCAGGAAAUGUUCCAGUAUAUGAACAUUUUGAACACAACCACUGCAUUAUACGAGAAGCUGGAGCGUGUUUUGAACACUCCAGAGAUUGCAUCUGGGCUUUCUGAGGAGGAGGUUUCAGUUGGUGAGUUGCUGCUUUCUGACUUUAAGAAGUCUGGAAUCGACAUGGAUGAAUCCACCAAGAACGACUUUGUGGAACUGAGUCAGCAGAUAGCGAUCAUAGGUCAGCAUUUCAACAACGGACUGGGAGAAAGCUCUAAGAACUACGUGACGGUACCGAAGGAGAGCUUGAAAGAUCUGGACGUGUCGCUGAAAACCGGGCUUUCUGUUGACAAAAAGGAAAACUACAGAAUUCCUGUCUUUGGUCGUUUACCGUACGAGAUACUGAGAACUUGUUCGAACGAUGACGUGAGGCGUGAAGUCUGGUCUGCUCUUCACCAGAGUCCAAAACAACAGCUGCAUCUUCUAGAUACAAUGCUGAAAUACAGAGGAAUUUUGGCUCGUCUUAUGGGGAAAAGUGGAUAUUCGGAGUACCAAUUAACCGAGAAGAUGGCCAAGACUCCGGAAAAUGUGAUGUCUUUUUUGCAGAACCUGAUGAACGAGAUUCGCGACGAUGUGAUGCGCGAGCUAAGAACACUCCAGCAGGGCCGCACACCGGUCGAAGGUAUCUCUGAUGAGGAAAUAUUAAACCUUGUGAAGCCCUGGGACCGAGACUACCUUGCAAUGUUAUACAUGACGCGUCACAGACACAAAAAUACCGAGGAUAUCAGUGCAUAUCUCUCUCUGGGGACGGUGGUCAAGGGACUCUCGGAUCUUUUUGAGUCCAUAUAUGGAAUUUCUUUGAGACCUGCAAGUUCCGGUCCAGGUGAAACAUGGUCUCCAGAUGUUAGAAAGUUUUCUGUUUAUUGCGAGACCGAGGGUAAGAUUGGUGUGAUAUACUUAGACCUCUUUUACAGAGAAACCAAAACCAUGAACCCUGCCCAUUUCACGGUAUGCUGCUCCAGAAAGAUUUACCCGGAAGAGUUGGAAUCUGAAGAUCCCUUCAGGCUGAAACUAGAGACGAUCAUGUCAUCUAGCUCUGAAUCAGGCGACCGGUUCCAGCUUCCCGUGAUCUCAGUGGUGUGCAACUUUUUGUCUGACAGGUCAAACCGAAAGACUCUGCUGACUCUUUCACAGGUGCAGACAUUGUUCCAUGAGAUGGGACAUGCCAUGCACUCGAUGCUUGGAAGGACGAAUUUGCACAACGUGAGUGGAACGAGAUGUGUAACUGAUUUUGUGGAGUUGCCUUCCAUUCUGAUGGAACAUUUUGCCAAAGACCCACGGGUGCUGACUCGAUUUGCCAGACAUCAUGAGACCGGCGAGCCACUUCCAUUGGGACUUUUAGAGAGUUUCCAGGGUGAUAAUGAUUUCUUGAAGAACUGUGAAGUUUUUGGCCAGAUCAAAAUGGCAUUGUUGGACCAGGUUCUCCACUCAGAUGCGGUUUUUGCGGCAGACUUUGACUCCGCCAAGAUGUACCACCAUCUCGAGGCCCAACUACGUGUUUUUGCCGAUACCAAGUCUAAUUGGCCGGGUAAGUUUGGCCAUCUGGUUUCGUACGGAUCAGUGUACUACUCGUAUCUCUUUGACCGGGCCAUUGCAUCCAAGAUUUGGGACCAUCUCUUUGCAGAGGAUCCCCUUAGCCGUGCUAAUGGUGACAAGUUUCGGGAUUCGGUGCUGAAAUGGGGUGGAUCCAAGGGAGCGUGGGAGUUACUUGCGGAUGUGUUGGACAAUCCUGAGUUGAAGAAGGGAGAUGAGCGGGCGAUGGAGUUUAUAGCAAAGACGCAUGGGUUGUAA